GCCAAUGAAAACUUCAGACAAUGACGUCAGAGUUUUCUGACCAAUCAAAAAUCGUUUUUUCGGAAAGCCCUGCCCUUGUCCAUGAAAAACGUUCAGUGUGUAACUGUCCGGUGGCCAACCUCCGUGGUCCCUGGGCUCCCGAAAAAAUGUGCGACGGUAAAUUAGGUCUGAUCAUUGCAACGUCGAUGUUGAGCGUCGUUGCAGUAGGCCUAGGAGUCGGGGUAGGCCUCCUCCUCAACAAGAGUUUCCACGACGAUGAGACGAUUCGUCAGCUGCGGGAAGAGAGUGUCAGCACCUCACUAGCGGUACGUGUCAGCCGGAUUUCUUGCCUCCGCGGUUAUUAUUAUUAUUAUUUUUUUUGUGCCAGGGUAAAAAAAGGGUGUUAAUCCUACCCCGCCUUUUGUUUUUUGAGGCGUUUCUGUACCUGUGAGGCUUUUUAUUUUUAAUGUGGAAUUUUGAUGUUAUGGG